UAGUUACCACGUCAGUGAGCUGACAGGGAAGGUACCCGGUUCCACCGCCUGUUCCGGCCGGCUGUGUGGUCCCCGAUUUCGGCCUCACCUCCUGGGGAACGUUCUCCUACCCUUCUCCCACCUGCCAUCAGAUCCGGGAGAAACGCUCAGAGACGCCUGCGGGGCCCGGGCUGGACAUGAACUGCAGCUGCCGGUCCUGGGACUAGGCCCCGCCAUUUUGGAUCCGCUGACAGGCUUGCCAAGAUGGUGGAUAAGAAUAUUUAUAUCAUUCAAGGAGAGAUUAACAUUGUGGUUGGGGCCAUUAAACGAAAUGCCCGAUGGAGCACCCAUACCCCACUGGAUGAAGAUCGUGAUCCUUUGCUGCAUAGUUUUAGUCAUCUAAAGGAUAUUUUAAACAAGAUAACAGAACUCUCAGAAAUUGAGCCCAAUGUAUUCCUUCGACCAUUUCUGGAAGUUAUUCGCUCUGAAGAUACCACUGGUCCAAUCACUGGACUUGCACUCACCUCUGUCAACAAGUUCCUGUCCUAUGCGCUCAUAGAUCCCACUCAUGAGGGCACAGCAGAGGGCAUGGAGAACAUGGCAGACGCUGUCACCCACGCCCGCUUUGUGGGCACGGACCCUGCCAGUGAUGAGGUUGUCCUGAUGAAAAUCCUUCAGGUACUGCGUACUCUGUUGCUGACCCCAGUGGGUGCCCACCUAACCAAUGAAUCUGUGUGUGAGAUUAUGCAGUCUUGCUUCCGGAUCUGCUUCGAAAUGAGACUUAGUGAGUUAUUGAGAAAAUCCGCAGAGCACACUCUCGUAGACAUGGUGCAGCUGCUCUUCACAAGGUUACCUCAGUUUAAAGAAGAGCCCAAGAACUAUAUGGGGACCAACAUGAAGAAGCUGAAAAUGAGAGCAGGAGGCAUGAGUGAUUCAUCCAAGUGGAAGAAACAGAAAAGAUCUCCCCGGCCCCCACGCCAUCUGGCCAAAGUCACACCAGGUUCUGAGCAGCCCACCUCCAAUGGAGCCACCUUGUCCUCUAACCUCACUGGUGGCAUGCCCUUCAUUGAUGUGCCCACUCCCACCUCAUCUGCAAGUUCAGAAGCUGCCUCAACUGUGAUCGGCCCCUCCACAGACAGUGGCCUAGAGUUUUCCUCCCAGGCUACCUCCAAGGAGGAUCUCACUGACCUGGAGCAACCUGGCUCUCCAGGGGACAGCAUAGCUACAGAGCCUGGCAGCCGUGAACUAGUGGUUGCUGAGCAGCCUGACCCCCAGCAGGAAGGGGCUGAUGUGGAAAAGACCCAGUCAACAUCUGUGGAAUCCAUUCCUGAAGUGUUAGAGGAGUGCACAUCGCCUGCCGACCACUCUGACUCUGCCUCUGUCCAUGACAUGGAUUAUGUCAACCCCCGAGGUGUGCGCUUUACACAGUCUUCCCAGAAAGAAGGUACAGCUUUGGUUCCCUAUGGCCUUCCCUGCAUUCGAGAACUCUUCCGAUUCCUCAUCUCCCUCACCAGUCCACAUGACCGCCACAACUCAGAAGUUAUGAUCCACAUGGGACUGCAUUUGUUGACUGUGGCUCUUGAGUCAGCCCCUGUAGCCCAAUGCCAAACCCUGGUAGGCCUCAUCAAGGAUGAAAUGUGCCGCCACUUGUUCCAGUUACUCAACAUAGAGCGACUAAAUCUUUAUGCCGCCUCCCUCCGGGUUUGCUUCCUACUAUUUGAGAGCAUGAGGGAGCACCUGAAGUUCCAACUGGAGAUGUACAUCAAAAAGCUCAUGGAGAUUAUCACUGUGGAAAACCCUAAAAUGCCUUAUGAAAUGAAGGAGAUGGCGCUGGAGGCCAUCGUGCAGCUCUGGCACAUCCCUAGUUUUGUCACCGAACUCUACAUCAACUAUGACUGUGACUACUACUGUUCCAACCUCUUUGAAGAUCUUACUAAGCUGCUGUCCAAGAAUGCUUUCCCUGUGUCUGGUCAGCUCUAUACAACACACCUACUCUCUCUUGAUGCCCUGUUGACAGUGAUUGACAGCACUGAGGGUCACUGCCAAGCCAAAGUCCUUAACAGCCUCAGCCAGCAGGAGAAGAAAGAGGCAACCAGACCCAGCUACGAGAUUGUAGAUGGCACCUGGGAAGCUAGCAAUUCCGAGAGGGCAGCCAGUGAUGGGAAGACUAUAGGCAUGGCCUCAGACAUUUCAGGCUUGCAUUUUCCAGGUGGAGGGCGACUGCCAGCAGAGCAUGGGAAGCCAGGCUGCAGUGAUCUGGAGGAAGCUGGUGACUCUGGGGCUGACAAAAAGUUUAUCCGGAAGCCACCUCGAUUUUCCUGCCUCCUACCAGAACCAAGGGAACUGAUUGAAAUUAAAAACAAAAAGAAGCUGCUGAUCACUGGCACAGAACAGUUCAACCAGAAACCAAAGAAAGGGAUCCAGUUUCUUCAGGAGAAAGGUCUCCUUACCAUCCCAAUGGACAACACAGAGGUAGCACAGUGGCUCCGAGAGAACCCUCGACUGGACAAGAAAAUGAUUGGAGAGUUUGUGAGUGACCGCAAAAACAUGGACCUGUUGGAAAGCUUUGUGAGUACCUUCAGCUUCCAGGGCCUGCGACUAGAUGAAGCUCUCCGCCUUUAUCUAGAAGCCUUCCGCUUGCCUGGGGAAGCACCAGUCAUCCAAAGGUUGUUGGAGGCAUUUACAGAGCACUGGAGGAAUUGUAAUGGCUCCCCAUUUGCCAAUAGUGAUGCCUGUUUUGCCUUGGCUUAUGCUGUCAUCAUGCUUAAUACCGACCAACAUAACCACAACGUUCGCAAACAGAACAUACCCAUGACUCUGGAGGAGUUUCGAAAAAACCUAAAAGGUGUGAAUGGAGGUAAAGACUUUGAGCAAGACAUCCUGGAGGACAUGUACCAUGCCAUCAAGAAUGAAGAAAUUGUGAUGCCUGAGGAGCAGACAGGCUUGGUUCGGGAGAACUAUGUAUGGAAUGUACUGCUUCAUAGAGGUGCCACCCCAGAGGGCAUAUUUCUACGAGUACCUGCUGGCAGCUAUGAUCUUGACCUCUUCACUAUGACCUGGGGCCCCACUAUUGCUGCUCUAUCUUACGUCUUUGACAAAAGCCUAGAAGAGACAAUCAUCCAGAAAGCCAUCUCAGGCUUCAGGAAGUGUGCCAUGAUCUCGGCCCACUAUGGCCUCAGCGAUGUGUUUGACAAUCUCAUCAUUUCUCUGUGCAAGUUCACAGCUCUCAGCAGUGAGUCUGUUGAGAAUCUGCCCAGUGUAUUUGGAAGCAACCCUAAAGCCCACAUUGCAGCCAAGACUGUAUUUCAUUUGGCCCAUCGUCAUGGUGACAUCCUGCGUGAGGGCUGGAAGAAUAUCAUGGAGGCCAUGCUGCAGCUCUUCCGAGCCCAACUGCUACCCAAGGCUAUGAUUGAGGUGGAAGAUUUUGUGGAUCCCAAUGGCAAGAUCUUCCUACAGCGGGAAGAGACACCAUCUAACCGAGGUGAAUCAACAGUGCUGAGCUUUGUGAGCUGGCUGACACUAAGUGGUACUGAGCAAUCAAGUAUGCGGGGUCCAUCCACUGAGAACCAGGAAGCCAAGAAAGUAGCUUUGGACUGUAUCAAGCAAUGUGACCCAGAAAAAAUGAUCACAGAAAGCAAGUUCCUCCAGCUGGAGUCAUUACAGGAGCUCAUGAAGGCUCUGGUCUCAGUGACACCUGAUGAAGAGACAUAUGAUGAGGAGGAUGCUGCUUUCUGCCUGGAGAUGCUGCUGAGGAUUGUGCUAGAAAACAGGGACCGUGUGGGUUGUGUGUGGCAGACUGUUCGAGACCAUCUGUAUCAUCUGUGUGUCCAGGCACAGGAUUUCUGCUUCCUUGUGGAGCGGGCAGUGGUGGGACUGCUGCGCCUGGCCAUUCGGCUGUUACGAAGAGAAGAGAUCAGUGGCCAGGUGCUGCUCUCCUUGCGUAUCUUGCUACUAAUGAAGCCCAAUGUGCUGUCCCGGGCCAGCCACCAGGUAGCCUAUGGGCUUCAUGAACUCCUCAAGACCAACGCAGCGAAUAUCCACUCAGGUGAUGACUGGGCCACCCUCUUCACACUGCUGGAGUGCAUUGGUUCAGGUGUGAAGCCUCCUGCAGCCCUGCAGGCCACAGCCAGGGCUGAUGCACCUGAUACUGGGGCCCAGUCCGACAGUGAACUCCCUUCCUACCAUCAAAAUGAUGUGAACCUGGACCGAGGGUACACUUCUGACUCAGAGGUCUAUGCGGAUCAUGUCCGGCCUGGCAAGAUCCAUCGAUCAGCCACAGAUGCUGACAUGGUCAAUAGCGGUUGGCUAGUGGUGGGGAAGGAUGACAUAGAUAACUCCAAGCCAGGGCCUGGGCCUAACUGGUCAGGCUCUUCACCACUGGUCAAUCAGUACAGCCUGACAGUGGGGCUGGAUCUUGGGCCACAUGACACCAAGUCCCUGCUUAAGUGUGUGGAAUCGCUGUCCUUCAUUGUGCGUGAUGCUGCCCAUAUCACACCCGACAACUUUGAGCUUUGUGUCAAGACUCUUCGUAUCUUUGUGGAAGCCAGCCUGAAUGGCGGGUGUAAGUCCCAGGAGAAACGUGGAAAGAGUCACAAGUAUGACAGCAAGGGGAACCGCUUCAAGAAGAAAUCCAAGGAGGGUUCCAUGCUUCGGCGGCCUCGAAUCUCCAGCCAGCAUGCCACUCGGGGGGGUCAUAGUGACGAUGAUGAAGAUGAAGGUGUGCCUGCCAGUUACCAUACGGUGUCUUUACAGGUCAGUCAAGACUUGCUCGACCUGAUGCACACCCUGCACACACGGGCAGCUUCUAUCUACAGCUCCUGGGCAGAGGAGCAGCGCCACCUAGAAACAGGUGGCCGGAAGAUCGAAGCUGAUUCACGCACCCUCUGGGCCCACUGCUGGUGCCCGUUACUGCAAGGUAUUGCCUGCCUAUGCUGUGAUGCCCGGCGCCAGGUGCGAAUGCAGGCGCUGACCUACCUGCAGCGAGCGCUGCUGGUUCAUGACCUACAGAAGCUAGAUGCCCUGGAAUGGGAGUCCUGUUUCAACAAGGUGUUGUUUCCUCUGCUGACCAAGCUGCUGGAGAACAUUAGCCCCGCAGAUGUAGGUGGGAUGGAGGAGACUCGAAUGCGGGCUUCCACGCUGCUCUCUAAGGUCUUCCUGCAGCACCUGUCUCCACUGCUGUCACUCUCUACCUUUGCGGCUCUCUGGCUGACUAUCCUGGACUUCAUGGACAAGUACAUGCAUGCCGGUUCCAGUGACUUAUUGUUAGAGGCCAUCCCCGAAUCUCUGAAGAAUAUGCUCCUGGUGAUGGACACAGCAGCAAUUUUCCACAGUGCAGAUGCCCGAGGAGGCAGCCCCUCAGCCCUCUGGGAGAUCACCUGGGAGCGUAUUGACUGUUUUCUGCCCUACCUACGAGAUGAGCUCUUCAAGCAGACUGUCAUUCAGGACCCCAUGCCCAUGGAACCUCAUGCCCCAAAACCUCUGGCCUCAGCCCAUCUGACACCAGCUGCUGGUGACACGAGGAUACCCGGCCAUCCACCUCCCCCAGAGAUGCCCUCUGAGCUGGGGGCCAUAGACUUUGAGAAGUCUGAGGCCCCUGGACCUGGAUCACCAGUGGCCUCUAGCCCCAGCAGGCUAAGCCCUACCCCAGAUGGACCUCCAGCCCUGGCUCAGCCCCCACUGAUUCUGCAGCCCCUGACCUCCCCACUGCAGGUGGGUGUGCCACCCAUGACUCUGCCCAUCAUCCUCAACCCUGCUCUCAUCGAAGCCACCUCACCUGUGCCCCUGCUGGCCACACCCCGCCCCACAGACCCCAUGCCCACCUCUGAAGUCAACUAAGGCCCCUCAGACCAGGACCAAUACUUCUUGCCAGACUUUCCACACCCCCUAUACCCCAGCUGUCCUGGGGCCACAAAACGUUUUAGGCCCAACCCAA